AUGAGGACUCCUUCCAAGCUUCGGAAGGGAGCUUUCCGAAGGGAAGAUGUGACGUCAUCAUGCCUUCCGAAGGGAAGGUGUGACGUCAUCACGUGUCGCGAGGACUCCUUCCAAGCUUCGGAAGGGAGCCUUCCGAAGGGAAGGUGUGACGUCAUCAUGCCUUCCGAAGGGAAGGUGUGA